CUUGACUGUGUGUCUGUAGAGAUAAAAACUAGACAAUUGACGCCACAUACUAAACUACAGACCUUGGGCGUUCAUAAAAUUUUCUCGUCGAUAACGAAACAUCCUCCCUUCACAGCAAAUACCAGAACAUCAAGGACAAUGCAUUUUUCCAUCCCUUUCUCGCUCCUCCUUCUACCCGUCUUGACUGUUUCUUCCCCCGUUGCUCUCGCGCCCACCGUCUUACCAACGGGCCAAGAUGUCAAGCAAGACGUCUACAACAUCGACGCCGCGGUGAAAGCCCUUGACGCUUCAGUUCGAGCCUUCAACGGCGGCACGCCCCAAACGGCCAUCGUGGAGGGUACACCUGUUCUUCUCAGUGUUGCAGAGAUUCACAGAGUAAACCGCGUGGGUUUCGGACAUGCGCUCCUCGCCCUACCAUUUAGCGUGCAGGACUCUGUAGACGUCAUCAAUGCUGUAGUGUCGACUGGUGAGUAGACUCGUUUCCACAAAUCUGCGCAAUGCAGACAUUUGCUGAUUGCAACCUUCCUUGCUCGUAGUGAAUGUGAGCAUUCCAGCCGGAUUGCAGACUAUUCGGGAUAAAGAACCUGCGUUCAGGAACAGCGGCUUCACGCCUGUAGUGAUCGGUAGUCUAUCGCUAUUGUUGAGCGACCAUGAUACGUUCAGUGCUGCGGUCCUGGCGAAGACAAACCUUACCACGCCUCCUGAGAAGCUCGCGGAAGGUACGGCUGCGACUGCCAACAUCCACAAUGCUAUUGCGUAUACAAUUGCGUAUUACACAGCGAAUGCGGUGUAGUAAGAACGGGUAUGCAGGGGUCUAAGGCGGGCGCAGAUGGAAACG